GCGCUCUUCCCCUAGUCUGACCUUGCUAGUCAAUAAAGGGCUAUAAGAAGGGGGGGGCAGAGCUCCCCAUCCCGCCCCUCUCUGCCCGUCUUCCCCAGUUCCCCUUUCCUGGGUGUCUCUGUGACUCUCCUGUUGCAGUGACCGCUUGUGUCCCAUGCUCAGUGCAGGGCCUGGGAGCCAGGAGGCCUGGAUUCUGUUUCUGCCUUAGCCACUGACUCACUGGGUGACCUUGCACAAGUCAUUCCCUGCCUCCGUGCCCCAGUUUCCCCAGGUUGCAGAAGCCCAUGAAGCACUCUGAGAGUGCAGAUAGUAAUUCACAUUAUAGUGUUAAUGCUUUUGAACUUUAGUAGGGUUGUGGAUCAGGGCACCUAGAGCUUCAUAUGAGCAUCUUUUAUUAUAUAAAUUGAAAUAACUCAAUUGGGAAAUUCCCCAAGCAACAUCCACUCUCCUGGCCUGCACAGAAAGGCAGCUGCUAGUCAGACUGUUAAGUAUGAAGUGCUGUGCCAAUGUUGCUUUAAAUUAUUGUAUCUCUUGAAUAUCUUUUCUUUCCGGUGCAGUGUUAAGGUUGCAAUUUAAAUUACCUUGUUUUGUUUUGCACAUUUAUCAUUUUGCUUCUAGAGGUGAUAAGGGAAGUUAUUUGACCAGGGUCACACAAUGAGCUAGUAUGUGAGCUGUGAAUAGAACCCAGGAGUCCUGAGCCAUCAGAGCAGGAGACAAUACUUCCUCCUGAGUGGGAUGUUCCAGGUGGCCUGGUCUGAGUUGCCUGAGCAUUUCCUGGUGCUCUUAGCUGGUGUCUGCAGAAAUUGGUCAUGUCGCAUGGUGCAAAACAGCUGGCCGCUGGGAUCUUACAUGCCACCGGCAAAGGCCAGCAUGGAAACUUCCUGGUCGCCAUCAAGCAGGAGAAGGGGGAAAUUCCCCGGACCAGCAGCGAGAAGCCCCAUGGCGAGGAGGAGCCAGUGAAGAAGAGGGGCUGGCCCAAAGGGAAGAAGAGGAAGAAGAUCCUGCCCAAUGGCCCCAAGGCCCCAGUGACCGGCUACGUCCGCUUCCUGAAUGAACGCCGCGAGCAGAUCCGCAUGCAGCAUCCCGACCUGCCCUUCCCAGAGAUCACCAAGAUGCUGGGAGCCGAAUGGAGCAAACUGCAGCCCACAGACAAGCAGCGGUACCUGGACGAGGCGGAGCGUGAGAAGCAGCAGUACAUGAAGGAGCUGCGGGAGUACCAGCAGUCGGAGGCCUACAAGAUGUGCACAGAGAAGAUCCAGGAGAAGAAGAUCAAGAAAGAGGAUGCUGGUUCUGUGUCUGUGAACACUCUGCUGAACGGGCACCCGCACAAGGGCGGGGACUGCGGCGGGGACGGCUUCUCCACGUUUGACGUGCCCAUCUUCACCGAGGAGUUCUUGGACCAGAACAAAGCGCGGGAGGCCGAGCUGCGGCGCUUGCGGAAGAUGAACACGGAGUUUGAGGAGCAGAACGCCAUCCUGCAGAAGCACACGGAGAGCAUGAGCUGCGCCAAGGAGAAGCUGGAGCAGGAGCUGGCACUGGAGGAGAGGCAGACGCUGGCCUUGCAGCAGCAGCUCCAGUCUGUCCGGCAGGCCCUGACCACCAGCUUCGCUUCUCUCCCCAUCCCAGGCACCGGAGAGACCCCCACGCUGGGUACCCUGGAUUUCUACAUGGCCAAACUGCACAGCGCCAUCGAGAGCAACCCGCUCCAGCACGAGAAGCUGGUCGUGCGCAUCAAGGAGAUCCUCUCCCGGAUAGCCAGUGAACACUUAUGAAAGGCCUGGCGUGUCCUGCGGCCCAGCGCUGACAAGGACUGGGACCCUCAGCCACCUCCUCCCACCCGCCCUGACACCUGGAAUCCGCUGGAGCCUUGCGGCUCAGCACCUCCGCCUUGCACACAUCUUUGCUGGAGAAGGGCUUUGAGCGGGUUGAGUAACUCUUGGUCCUUCCGUGCAGCUGAGAACUGUGGGCCAGGCCCCCGUGAGGCCUUGGGGGGCAGGCCGCCAAGCAGGGACAGCAAGGCAGCUUGUGGGGUCACUUCUCGGCUCCUCCUGCGCCCCCGGCUCGCUGACUGCCAGGGCUGGGGCUCAGGGCCGCGCCCCGGAGGCGUGACUGCAUGCGCUGCAGACUCCGCGUGCCCCAUUGCGAGCUGGCCCUCGAUUCUCCAGCGAUGCUGGAAAUCCUGGAGCAGCUGCGUUAAAUUAAACCACACAGCCUUAAAGCUGACCAGAAGCUGCCCCCGGCCGCUCACUGUGACAGUAAAUCAGGCGUGUCUCGGGCUGGUCCCACCCUCCAGUUGUCAAGGUGACAGAGAAGUCUGUUUUGCCAAGGCAGGGCAGAAGCACUCGUCGCUGGGAGGGUCCUGGUGUAGACCAGGCACAGCUGUCCUUACCCCUGUGUCAUCUAGACCUGCACUGAGCAGAAGAGGACACAGCAAUGAUAAGGCCACUGUCCUGCCCAUGUUAGCGCAACUUCCCCUAGAACUGCAUCAGUGUUCAGGCAAAAAUAGAUGGGUUCCCUCUUCCCCCCCACACACAAAAAAUGUCUAGUGUAAACCCAGCCCAAGCUAUCAGCAGUGAAAUGGAUCAGUGUUGGCAUUUAAACUACCAUCAUUAGGUUUCAGGGUUAACCAACUGACGUGAAGGGGGCUGUUCACCCCUCUUGGAGCAAUUGUUUCAGGCUGACUGUAGACUCAAGCACUGUGUGGUGGGGAGGGAGCUCUGCUCCCCUAUCCCUAAAAUAGCAUGGCUGAGUAUUAUGGGGCUGGCCCUUCCUAGCCCUGCUGA